AUGCAAACUAUUCUCUAUUCUAAACUUCAAGAGCAAUUCAACCCGAAAACAAAAAACAAGAUUGGUUUCUCCUUGAAUUUUACUCCUGUCCACACAUUCGGCAAUGGGAAAAUCAAGGAGAAAGACAACUUUGUACAUCCAUUGGAUGUAAAAAUUUCACAUCAAUUUCACUGUGUCAUAAUAACUGACAGAGACAGAAUUCAAGUGUUUGAUUUGCAUUCAAGAAAAUUUAAAAAAUCAAUUCAAUUUCAAAACUAUAGAAUUAAUUAUUUAAAUAUUGAAAAGAUUAAUCAAAAGGAAUAUUUAUAUGUCACUUCAAUGUCUCCUUCAGUCUUGUUUAAAUUUGAUCUUGAACAAUUGCUACUUUCAAAUAAUGAGCCAAUAGAAAAUCUCUGUAUUUGGAAGGUAGAAAAUCUUAAUCAUCCUUCAACUGUUGAAAUAUUGUACAGAGAUUAUCAUGAAAAUCAAAUUUUAGUCUCUGAUAUGUCAAUAGGAAGAAUUCACGUAUUGGAUUCAAUUACUGGAAUGAAAGUACAAGAUAUUUUAGCUUCAACACCUUAUGGAAUUGCCUCUCUCAAUUCAAAUUCCUUCCUUGUUGGAGAUGCUUGUAAUGACAAUAUCCAUAUUUAUGAAAGAAAUGAAAAUCAAGAAUUUCAAAAAAGUUCAAGUUUUGAUUUUAGUGAUAAAUCAAGACCCUCGACAGGAAUAAUAGGUUUUGAUAGUGGUGGUCUUCUUUUCGAUCCAAUUGAGAAGAAUAUUCUGAUUGUUAAUAUUAGAAAGUCACAAAUAUGUGCUUUCAAGCAAGAGAAUCGAUCAUUAAUUAAGACUUUCAAAUCUGGAAUGUUUUCUUAUGGAAUGUGUUUGGAUCAAUAUACUGGAGAACUUUAUGUUUGUACCAAUGAUAAGAAGAUGAAUACUCAAUCAUCUGCUUGUAAGAGUGGAAAAACUUGUUGUAGUUGUUCAUCAAAUGAAGCGAAUAGUAAUGGAGCAAAAGCCCUUAAUAUUCCAUCAUCAACAAGUUUACCUCCAAGCAACAAUUCCUCAACUCCUAGUUUUGACAACAAACAAUCUUCCCACCAUCACUGCAACCAACCUUGCUGUUUAUCAAAAACAAAUCAAGAAUCCCCUUCUUCUCAGCAAACCUCCAUUUCAACUAAUUUAUUAACAACCCAAAACCCUAAUUCUUAUUCGACUGUAACUUCACCUUCCUACCACCAUUCCUUUACUCAAAGCCAUCUUCAUUCAGAAGAACAUAUAGAACCAUCAGAUUUAAACGAGAUUAAACCUGUAGAUGAGACAAAUAAGCAAGCCUCAGAGGCUACUUCUAAUUAUUUCAAGAUUGUUUUUGGGAGCUCAAUCAAUGAACCAGCUUGUGGCACAUCCAAAGGAUCUUGUGAAUGUAGUGGAUGCAACUAUAGUGUUGGACAAAGUAACAGAGGUGCUGCUAUCGUAGCAAUUCAAGCUCAUUUACCACCAACACCAAGAGGAAGCAGUAACACCUCCAAAAGAGGAGGUGGUUGCAAAGGAUCUUCAUCAUCAGGAAGUGUAAAGAUUCAGAAAAAGUCUGUCAUGCAAAACAAGUUAAAGAAUCAACUCACAAGAAUGAGGGAUUCUACUGUUGAUGUGACUAUGCAUGAAUCGGAUAAAGUAGCAGCACAUGAUGAUUCUGGUAUCAUAGUUUCAACUAAUUAA